UGAGGAAAAGUUCUUAACCUGAGGUACUAUUUCUGGGUUAGCGGAGUCUGUAACCUGAAGCACCUGUAACGCAAGGUACCUCUGUAUAGUCUAGCAUGCCAACAAGCCCAAAGCCUGGUCCUCUCUCCCUUCUCCUUCAGCCUGAAAAAAGCUUUCCCUAUUUCUUUUACUCUUAUUCCUUUCCUCCCAUUGGUGGGUGGGUACUUGCCAUAAGGCACUUAAAGCAGCAAGAUGCAACAUAGUCUAGUAAGAAUGAAGAAAUAAUGUGAUGAAACACCAGAAAUACAAAAAAGAAAAGAAAAGAAGCACCUCAGCACAGUGCAUGAAUUUCCCUUCUUUCCACCAGAAAUGGUGCAGGGUGGAAUAUUCUUGGGGGCUUUAUGGGUUGCUCAUACAAAGUCACGAACAGGAUAUUUGAACCAGGCAAUGUUACACAAAAUGCACCACAAAAAGUAAACAGAUGUGUGGGCCUUGUAGAACGAUUCAUGGGAACAGUGAACAAGCCAGAUAGGUAUGGAAGUUCAGAGGUCGACUUUGCAGGUAUUCAGUGGUGGUGCAGAUGAGACCCUAGUGUGGAAUUGCCAUACUGCAUUCAUUUUUUUACAGUGCGCCCAUAAGGUGCUGUUGCCCUGUAUUUUCCUUUUGCUUGUUUCAUUUAUUCUCAAACCACAGAAAGUCUGGCUUUUUUCAGAAGAUAGGCACCGAAGUAUAGGGAAAGUGAACCUAUCACCAUUCUUCAUACAUUCCUUAUAACAUUUGUGGAUUCUUUAUUUGCAACUCCAUGGCAGCCUUUGGAUGCAAAGCUGUGUGUCGUAGAUAGACCACUGCUGAUUAGGAUGCGAAUGGAUCAAUACAGACUGGCUCCACAAGCACCUUACCCUGGCAACGUUGUGGUGGUUGUCCCUCCAAGCCAUGUUGGUGCAGGACAGAAGAAACUCCCAGAGGAAAAUGAUGCUCUGGGGGCUAUGCAGGUGGCUAUUGCUCUGAUACAUCUUGGUCUUGGAGGCAUUUUGCUCUUUUCAUCAAAGGAUUGUGACACAUGGAUCAUGACUGUCUGGUAUCCCUUCUGGGGGGGUGCCCUUUUCAUAAUUUCAGGAUGCCUUUCAUCAGCAGCGACAAGAAAAUCAGUUGCAGGUCUGGGAGCAUUCAGUUACCUCUUUAACACUCUUAGUGGCCUCGGUGCAAUCGCUGGAAUGUGUCUUUUGCUGACUGAUGUAAUAAAAAAUAGAGAGAGAAACUUUUCUGCAGUUACGGAGACAUCUCACUUUGUAUCCAAAUUUCUUCUUCCACAAAUUCCUAAUAUUUCAAACUAUUGCAAGACCACUGGGGCAUAUGAAAUGGGAAUUCUGUGUGUGAUGCUUUUCUUCUCUUUCCUCGAGGCUACAACUACAUUUUCAGUUCUCUGCAAUAGCAAGGACAAAAAGAAGCACAGGUCAGACAAUGAAGAACAAAAUGUUGCGUUGACAUCACUCCCACAGCCACGCUAUGCAGACGGAGUUCCUGACCCACCACAGUACACUGCAACAGAAGCAAACAGAUACUCACAGCUUCCUGAAAGCAUCCCUGGAAACACACAUACAGACUGGCCCCGCUAUGCUGCCGGUUAUGAGCCAUACACUGGAUAAAGUUGGAUUUUUAAUCGUCGCCACUCUUUUUUGCUUUGUGGAUGUUUGAUUGUAAGGUUUCAAGCAUUUUGUUUUUGGUUUUUGUAAUGCGUGGCUACAUUAAGAAUUCACAGUAUUUAUCAUUAUCUACCAUCUUGAUCUGCCAUAUCCAUUAUUAUUUAUCACUGAUGCACCAAUAAAGCAAUGCAAACCACCUUGAAAGAUGGUUGCCUUUUGCUCGAAGAACAUGGUGGAGGCAGAGGAGCGAGAACAGGGAGGCUGGACGUGGAUUCUUGUGUUCUUUAGAAACCUGGACUUUCCUUAUUUCCACUGUAUUAUGCUGUUAUGGAAAAAUUAGAGCUGUACGGCUUUCUAGUGCCUUACUCUGCUAAUAAAGCAAAUUGUUAGAAAAUGGUUGUGAAAGACAGUAAAUCACCGUCACAUCUUUUCAGUACCAUGUAAUAGUGCCUGGGGUUCAGUUGUAAGUAGGUCACAGGUGGCACUGUGAU